GAAGGGGGCGUAGCCAAGAGCCGCCCGGCCGCUCCCCCGCCCCUCCCCCUCCGCUCUCCGCCCCAGCCCGGCGGCUCCGCCCCCUUGGUGACGUCACUGGCCAGGCCAGCCGGCGCCAUUUUGAAAGUGGAGUCGCCUGCCCCUGCCGCUGCCGCCGCCGCCGUCGCUGUCGUAGUCGCCGCCGCCGCUGCCGGAGAAAGAGCACGAGCGGGGAAGCCCCAGAGUGAAAUCUAGCAUCCUGCCGGCUGGUCUGCCCGCCCCUCCUUCCUUUUCCCCCGGCCCCCGUCCCCUCCCCCCGCAGGUGCCAUCCGCCGCCAUCCGCCCUCUCUACCCCCCCAUCCCCAGGUGAGGGGGGUGAGUUCAGGAAGCGGAGACCCCGAGGAACCCAGCAGGGUCACCAUUUGCAGCGCAACAUGGCAGGAGCUGGAGGAGGGAAUGAUAUUCAGUGGUGUUUUUCUCAGGUGAAAGGAGCAGUAGAUGAUGAUGUAGCAGAAGCAGAUAUAAUUUCUACAGUAGAAUUUAAUCAUUCUGGAGAAUUACUAGCAACAGGAGAUAAAGGUGGUAGAGUUGUCAUCUUUCAACAGGAGCAGGAGAACAAAAUCCAGUCUCAUAGCAGAGGAGAAUAUAAUGUUUACAGCACCUUCCAGAGCCAUGAACCAGAGUUUGACUACUUGAAAAGUUUAGAAAUAGAAGAAAAGAUCAACAAAAUUAGGUGGUUACCCCAGAAAAAUGCUGCUCAGUUUUUAUUGUCUACCAAUGAUAAAACAAUAAAAUUAUGGAAAAUCAGUGAAAGGGACAAAAGACCAGAAGGGUAUAACUUGAAAGAGGAAGAUGGAAGGUAUAGAGAUCCUACUACAGUUACUACACUACGAGUGCCAGUCUUUAGGCCUAUGGAUCUAAUGGUUGAGGCCAGUCCACGAAGAAUAUUUGCCAAUGCUCAUACAUAUCACAUCAACUCAAUUUCUAUUAAUAGUGAUUAUGAAACAUAUUUAUCUGCAGAUGAUUUGCGGAUUAAUCUUUGGCAUCUGGAAAUUACAGACAGGAGUUUUAACAUUGUGGAUAUCAAGCCUGCCAAUAUGGAAGAGCUAACAGAGGUGAUUACAGCAGCAGAAUUUCAUCCAAACAGCUGUAACACAUUUGUAUACAGCAGCAGUAAAGGAACUAUUCGGCUAUGUGACAUGAGGGCAUCUGCCCUCUGUGAUAGACAUUCUAAAUUGUUUGAAGAACCUGAAGAUCCCAGUAACAGGUCAUUUUUUUCCGAAAUCAUCUCCUCUAUUUCGGAUGUAAAAUUCAGCCAUAGUGGUCGAUAUAUGAUGACUAGAGACUAUUUGUCAGUCAAAAUUUGGGACUUAAAUAUGGAAAACAGGCCUGUGGAAACAUACCAGGUGCAUGAAUACCUCAGAAGUAAACUCUGUUCACUGUAUGAAAAUGACUGCAUAUUUGACAAAUUUGAAUGUUGUUGGAAUGGAUCUGACAGUGUUGUCAUGACUGGAUCUUACAAUAAUUUCUUCAGAAUGUUUGACAGAAACACAAAGCGAGACAUAACCCUAGAAGCAUCGCGGGAAAACAAUAAGCCUCGCACAGUUCUGAAGCCUCGCAAAGUCUGUGCAAGUGGCAAGCGAAAGAAAGAUGAAAUAAGUGUUGACAGCCUAGACUUCAAUAAGAAAAUCCUUCACACAGCCUGGCACCCUAAGGAAAAUAUCAUUGCCGUAGCUACUACAAACAAUCUGUAUAUAUUUCAAGACAAAGUGAAUUAGGGUUGGCAUUCCUAGCAGAAGAACCCACUUCCUGCUUAGUUGAGAUAGUUGAAUCUAGCAUUCGUUCCUAUAAAAGAGAGAGGUCCAUUGUGGCGCCCCUUUCCAGUGUUUGACAGUGUGCCAUUUGACAACACAUUGUUAUAGCUACAUGGAGAAAGCUCUGUGGAUUCAUCACUGUGGUGUUCUCCAUGUCUGCUAGCCAUUUAGGUAAGGGUAGGGCACUUUUAAUUUAAAUGACUUCUUGCACCAUCUUGCCUAAUGGACUAGAUUGGACUGUAUCAACAUUGAUUUACUCCACUUUUUAUGCCUUCCAUUGUGAUGACGUCAAACACAGUGAAAGCCUUCAGUCAUGCUAUGGGAUUUAAUUGUGUAUCCUCAUUACUGUAUCAUUUGUGGGGUACACCCCUUCCCCCUUUUUUUAAAUUAAAUACAGCUCAUUCUUACUGUGGCUUGUAGCAUUCCUCCUCUUCUGGCCUCCUGGACUCCUCCCCUUCAUCUCUUACCCUUGCCCCCUCCACCCGGUCUUGGUGGUGGUAUAUUAAAAAAAGAAAGAAUGAAAGCACACAAAAUGAGUCAGUUUGGGGUCAGUGGUAUAAAGGGGGUAUAUGUUGCGAACAAAUGUUUUAAUAACAGUUGGCUGUAAUCACUCCUCGCCGUGUCUGGCACUGAAAAUAAGGAAAAAAAACCUACUACUGAAUAAAAGUGACAAAGAAUGGA